UGAUUUAUCAGCCGCCCAGUCUUCAUGUAACUUUCCUCAGUUCAAUGCAUCCACUAGAUAAGGGCGAUGUCGAAUAUAAAAUGCAAUAAAAAUAUGACUACAACUGACUUUUUCCCCGGUUUUAAACUCCACUUCUCGACAUCCACCGGCAUAUACCGUUUAUUUAUUAUCAAUGCAGUGGGAUGGUGGAUGUUGUCAGUCGCCCUCUCGCUGCCAUUGGCUGAGGACUGUGCGUCAAAAAAAAGUAGCUGGAGACAUUUGUUUCUCCAGAAGAAGAAAAAAAAAAAAAAAGGGAAAAAAAAAAAAAAAAUCCUCAUCCUCCCCACCGGUGUGAGAGACGGAGACAGAGACAGACCUCAGCUCAGUCCUGCGGCUCCUAUUGGCUGGCAGUUUGUACAAAAUCCAACUCAAAGCACUUCACUCACAACACACCAACAAUCCUAAAGGCGUUCAUGCAGCCUCCUCCAUCACUCUGCAGCUCUAGCACCGCUCAGAAACCCGAUGCAGACGCUCAACAUUUACCUUUUAUCCGUUUCACUGUUGUUCUGCAUCUGAAAAAAGAAGAAGACUGCUGCUUCUGCUUCUUCUGCUUCUUCUUGCUUUGGUGUUUUUUUAUGCGCCAGGACGCCGUUCAUCUGCACUGAGUUGUAUUAUUUCUCCUGGAGGGAACCAAGUAGACAAAGAACUUUACAGUCGUCGAUAACAGGGUUCCCGGUGUAACACGGACCACGCAGCGAGCAGAAGACACCAAGUUCAUAUCAGGAGCUCCAUCCACUUUUCAAAAUUUUUUCCAACUUCAGCCCUCAGACAAACAUUAGCAUGAUGUCGUAUCUAAAGCAACCACCUUACACAGUCAAUGGCCUCAGCUUAACUACAUCCGGAAUGGACCUUUUGCAUCCAUCAGUGGGCUAUCCAGCAACGCCACGGAAGCAGAGGCGCGAGAGGACUACUUUUACGCGCGCGCAGCUCGACAUUCUGGAGGCGUUGUUCGGCAAAACUCGGUACCCGGACAUAUUCAUGCGCGAGGAGGUGGCGCUGAAAAUCAAUCUACCUGAGUCCAGAGUACAAGUGUGGUUUAAGAACCGGCGGGCAAAGUGUCGCCAGCAGCAGCAGCAGCAGCAGAACGGAGGCCAGAACAAGGUGCGACCUGCCAAGAAGAAAAGUUCCCCAACCAGAGAAGUGAGCUCAGAGAGCGGAGCCAGCGGCCAGUUCACUCCUCCAACCAGCACCACCACGGUCCCAGCACCCAUCUCCACCACCACCACCACCGGCCCAGUGUCCAUCUGGAGCCCUGCGUCCAUCUCUCCUCUGUCAGACCCGCUGUCUACCUCCUCCUCCUGCAUGCAGAGGUCUUACCCCAUGACCUACACGCAGGCCUCGGGCUACAGCCAGAGCUACGCCGGCUCCACGUCCUACUUCGGCGGCAUGGACUGCGGCUCUUACCUCGCUCCCAUGCACCACCAGCUGUCAGCGGGACCAGGAUCAACUCUCAGUCCGAUGGGCAGCACAGCGGCGGUCACAAGCCAUCUGAACCAGUCUCCUGCGUCCAUCUCCAGCCAGGGCUACGGAGCGUCCGGCCUGGGCUUCAACUCCACAGCAGACUGCCUGGAUUAUAAGGACCAAGCUGCGUCGUGGAAGCUGAACUUCAAUGCAGAUUGCUUGGAUUAUAAGGAUCAAACUUCCUCGUGGAAAUUCCAGGUCCUGUGAAAACAGAGCUGUCAAAAAAAAAAGUGCACAAACAGUGACAUCACAUCAGACACAGGCUCUGCCAUCCUUCAAUAAAAACACUGGUUCUUGGUUGUUAAAACAGGGCUCUCUCAGGGGCCUCUGGUUUUUUGGCAUGAUGGGUCUUUGGUCCUCCUAAAGGAGAGGUUUAAUUUAUUUUAGCACUGGCAAAGAGAUUUCCCCCCCCCUUUCAUUCACAGGUUGUAGCCCCUCAUCCAUGUCUGUCAGUGUGUGCCUCUGUGCGUAAAAGAAAAAAAAACACCUGUUGAGGGCAACACAUGAGAGUGGACUCUGAAAGAAAAAGUACAACACACAGCCAAGGAACUAAUGUUGAUCCAAGAACAAAAACUCACCAUCAUUCUCCUGGUGAAGUGCUCAGGCUGGCUGGACAGACCUCCUGUAAGGCUUCUGUUCUGACACCAACCUGCUGUGCAGAAAAGACAUGAGGAUUGAUGUGUGUGGACAUGGAUGCACUACUUUAUUUAAGAAAAAAAAGUGUUUAUAAGGAAUCAAUAUGUAGUUUCUAAGAGACAAUCAGUGUGUGUCUUAUAUAAAUGGUACAUAUGUGUUUUUUUUAUCUGUGCUAGCCUUCGAAACUGUGAUCUGUUGUAUUAUUGUAUGCAAUUUGUGAGCCCCCCUCUCGCAUCAGACUCUCUCUGCUGUGAUUUUAAUAGAUUUCUAACUUUUUUUGAACAAGAUGCUAAUGGUUAAAAAUUGCCCCAGCAUCACAAAGAGAGACGAGACUUUUCCAAGCACAUGGUAGUUAAUAAUCCAGAGUUAUAGCCAAUACUGGAAAUGACUCUCUGCUGCUGCUGAGAGCUCCACACUUUGCUCCCCUCCAUUGAUCUCAACACACGGUGAUUGUGGAUCCUUUACUGGCUCCAAAGAUGGUGUGACCUCACCGCUGAAAAGACAUGAAUAAAGGUCCUGUGAGCUUA